AUGGCGGCGAAAAUCACUCUGAAGAUUGCUGUGGUUGCAGUGUGCCUAGCGGAAACAUGGAUUACAGCCGCCAUGACCGUUCGCUCGGUUCAGACUGUCCCAUCCACAGGCAAUGAUAUGAAUCAAGACUCCGACUAUAAUACUACGCCUGUUCCAGUUACGUGUGGCAGCAACAUCUCAAACUCGACAGUUGGUUCCAAAGGAGGUAAAAAUCAUCAUCUCUUUUGUCCAACUCAGACAGGCAGGGUCGAGGCCAGCACUUGCGGCUCGAGUUUUGAAACAGAGAUCCAGACGAACGGCACCACACGUGAUUCCAAUUGCGCUGAUUGUCCGGCUGACUCCAAUGCAUCUUGUGUUGGAUUCAACUUCAGGCCCGGAGAGUGCUACGAGAUUGUGGUGGGUGGAGAUGGGGUAUCGGGAGACUACGUUCUAUCCAUGAACUGCACCAUUGCGAACACAACAGUCGUUCCCGUUGGUUGUGGCAGUGUGGUGACUGGCUCAACAGUUGGUUUGAGUCGUAAGCAUCACAUUUUAUGUUCCAAUGAAUUCGCCAGGGUCGAGGCGAGCACCAGUGGGUCGAGUUUCCCCGCAAAUAUGCAGCUCAACGAUACGGUCAUCGAUUACCGCCCUUGCCCAACUGACUUCAAUGCAGAUUGUAUGUGGUUCAACGUCAGGCCUGGAAUGUGCUACGAAAUUGGGGUGGGUGGAUUUGGAUCCGAGGGAGACUAUGUUCUGUCGAUCAGCUGCACCGUUGUGAAUGCUACAGCUAUUCCUGUUGCUUGUGGCAGCCUGGUGACUGGCUCAACAGUUGGUUUGCCAAGUCUGAGGGGAUCCCGUUCAGGUGAUCAGCGGCACAUUUUCUGUCCAAACACGACAGAAACGGUCCAAGUCAGUACCUGCGGUUCCAGUUUCGACACCGUGCUCUACAUCAACGGCUCAGAUAUUGAUGAUUCUUUUGAUGACGUUGGAUUUGGAAAUGGUGUCUGCAGAAGGCAGGAAAAAGUCAGAUUCAAUGUCGAAGCUGGAGAAUGCUAUGACAUUAUUGUGGGUGGACACAGCAAUAGUGAAGGAACCUACUCGUUGUCGAUCGAUUGCUUCAACUGCAUAGAUGUUACGUGUGGCAGCAAGGUCUCAAACUCGACAGUUGGUUUCAUAAGAGGCAUAAGGCAGCAUUCCUUCUGUCCCAAUGAUACGGGCAGGGUUGAGGUGAGCACUUGCGGCUCGAGUUUUGAAACAGAGAUCCAGACGAACGGCACCACACAUAAUUCCAAUUGCGCUGAUUGUCCGGCUGACUCCAAUGCAUCUUGUGUUGGAUUCGACUUCAGGCCCGGAGAGUGCUACCAAAUAGGAGUGGGCGGAAUUAAUGCUUCAGAGGGAGACUAUGUUCUGUCGAUCAAUUGCACCAUUGUCAGCACCACUUCUGCACCAGUUUCGACCUCGGCAACAACCGCUACAAGCUGUGCUAACUACGUAUGCCCUGACGCUUUGGUGAACGAUGCAGAUCAGGUUUGCAGUGCGGCCUGCGAUGAAGCCACUUGCUGCAUCACAAGGCGGGAACGGCGGAGGCGUCGACGGCAAAGGCGUCGACAGCAGCGUCAAGGCCUUGCUGCGAACGACGUUGCCGUGCCAAAUGCAGCGCCCAAUGCUCUCAUCAAUACAGAGGGAUCGUUUUCAGGUUACGAGGUUGUGAGUUCCGCUGCCUCUGAAGCGAGUGCACCUGAUCAGUCUCCUGUGGCACCAUCUGCUGCAGUAGACGCCCUUGCUUUGGAAGCGACCUCAGCCUUGGCUUUUGCAGCAUUGCCAGUGCCUCAAGUGGAUCUCCUGGAGCGCCAGUUGCGUGGUUCCCACUCUACGUGGACUUCACGAGCGAGAUUGGGUAGAGCUUUUCGAGCGGGUGUAGCAGCUCGUGAGCGAUUGUUGGGUAGGGAGUGCGCAAUUGCCUCCCCUACCAUUCCUUUCCAGAACUCCAUCUACAUUGGUUUUUGGACUUCCAGCUAUCGUACGUACAUUGAGGUGGUGGGAGAUCGUCGAGGUCUCCAGCCUGGUUCCAUCAGUCACGCCUUUGCGUCCCGUGCAGAGGCGACGGCCUUUUUGGCUGGGGCAGCCCGGCCAUGGCCCGAAGAAGCCGCAGAAGGCUUGUUGAGCCAGCCUUCAGCUCAGAGAGCAUUGCCAGAGAUCCAUCUCCCCCUGCCAGAGGAGGGAGACAAUUUUGUUUGUGUUGCAUGCCAUUUAGUGUACCUGAGGGAGAAUGGUUUCAUGAUCGUGAUCCCGUGUGCCGACGCAGCUCACAAUGCUGUAGCCGCCCUGAGCGAUGCCUCAGGCGAAGAUGCACCCAUGUUCUUUGUAGGUUCUUGCGAAGUGGAAACUGUCAGAGGGCGAAACAUUGGCCAAGCCGACGUAGAGCUGGUGGAUUUGCCUUGGCUGCACAUAGGUUUUUUCCAGCAUCCAAGAACCGGACGGCAAGCUGUUCCUCGCGACCGGAUUUUGACAUGCAAGGUUGCAGACGAAACUGGACGUCCUCGCCGCCAGUCCGCUCACAGUUUGGCCUCCGAAUGGUUGUUGACCAUGGAAGAGACAACCGCCCAGGAGUACCUCACCGGGGAGGAGUUGGAAGCCGAGGCGGAGCCCGACCGCAGUCUGCCUGCACCCGCACAGGAGCUGGAUUCUGUGGCAGAGCUCAAAGCUCAAAUCCAAGCGUUGAAAGCCCAGCUUGCCUCAGCUCAACCUGCAGCAGUUCCUCCUCCGCCGCCAAAGACGCCCAGUCUUUUCAAUGUAGGAGUGACGCCCAAAGUGUCGGCAGCCGAUUGGACCAAGCUGAAGCAGUUGGCAGGCUCGCCCCCACCCAGAAGCGAUUAUGUAGAGGAAGAGCGCGAAGUAGCCGAGCCAGGGGUUGCAGGUUUGGAGCUUCCUGCUCAGAUCCAGUCGGCCGAUCCGGCCCAGCAGUUGAUGUUUCUCCAGAUGCAGCAGAAUGCCGUUUUGCUCCAGCAGCUGGUGACCAAGCACUCAGACCCAGUGCUGGGGGCUUUGUCAGGCGGCAGCGCCUCGGACAGCGGAGGAGGAAGCAGCUCAGGAGUCAAAGGUUGCCUGGCUCGGGAGGUGUUUUUACGGGCAGUUCAAGACCUUACCAAAGUUGCCGACUCAACUCGGGCCAAUCUGCUGCGAGAGCUAGGAAUUCCAGCCAGCCGGGAGGAUGGAAACUUGAUGAGGAAGUAUGUAGAGAGGAAAAUCCCUCUCGCAGAACACCGACUCCUUUCCCAGUUUGCCUUCAUGAUUGCAGAGAGCUGGAACAUAGGUUUCGAAAGCCAAAACAUAGAACUGCUAGGGGUGCUCAGUCUGAUGAUGUAUUUUGUGGAACAGGCUGCAAUAGAGCAGGGCCGUACUCAGACUGCAUGGCUUCUGUGCGGAUGGCAGGAACCUCCGUACCAAAUCCUAGUAUCGCACAAGAGACGCAGCGGCCUGCAACAGUUCUGCCGGAUUUGCAACCCCAGCUGGAUUUCCGCCAAUUUAGCCUAUGUCAAAGACUUGGACUAUAUGGAAAGCCGGCUAUCCGCAAAUGCAAAGGGAUCGAAAGCCAUCCAGCCUCUCGAGGACGAGCCGUCAGCUCAGCCCAAACGGCGGCCCCAGAAAGGCCGGGGAAAAGGGAAGCAAAAGAGUCAGCAGGGAGAGGAUGCAAGCAACAGCACCGAAGCGUGGCGUUGGACCGAUGCAAGCCGCCUGAAUCCACGACGUCGACGUCGUUUGCGCUUUUUAAGAGCUCGGCAUGAGUGGCUGCAGUUAGUCAUAGCUAGUUUGAACUGGGAGGUCCUGGGGUUCCCAAAAGAACCCCCACCUCGCGCUCAACUAGGGGCGCCAAUCUCUGAAGUGCAGCAUCAGAUUGUUGAACGUCUCGAGUCGAUGCUUGGCCAUUUUCUUUGCAUGCCAGACUUUGAGGUGGAUGACUUGGGCCGUGCUCAAGAAAAAAUUUCAGGCGUAAUUCAAAUGGUGAAGGAACUUCCUUGGUGCAAACUAGGGUUAGAGGACCUCCAAAAAUUAGCUGUUCAGCUGAAGCAUGAUUUGGAUUCCUAUGGCAGUCAUUUCAAGCAGAAGCCUAGUCCUGUUUUCCAAGAAGAGCACCCAUGUCAUGCAUGUUCGCCACGUACAGUUAAGCAUCCAGCUGGCAUUAAUGCCAAACCAGUUGUCUCAGAACGGGUGAAGUGGAACAGCCCUCCUUCUUUUGAUGCAACUCCUUUUUUAGAUGAUUUGCUUGUUCGUGCAGCGUAUGCUGAUCCUGAUGUGCUCCGGAAGGAUAUUGAGACGUGGCCGCCUGCUCACCCGGCGAGAGCCCAUUGUUCCAAGAGCGAACUGCUGGAGCUGGCACGACGAUGGGACCAGCUGGGAGCAUGUUCACUCAUGCCAGCCUGUGAGAAAGACUUUUCCGAAGCAGUAGGCCUGUUUUGUGUCCCAAAAGAUAGGAAUGCCAUCCGUAUGCGUUUCUCUUGGGAGGAUGUCCAGGCUUUCAAGUGUUUCAAACCUGAGUUCAGGGGACAGGAUCUGUUGGUGUGUUUGAGCACGCUCGCCAUGGGCGACAGCCUUGCAGUUGAAAUAGGUCAGCAGGCGCACAAGAACGUCCUUAGGCAAUUUUGUGGGGCCCUUCUAGCUCAUGAAACCCUUAGGUAUCGAUUCCCCAUUCCCCGUUCUGACUUUGUAGAACUUCUUGCUAUUGAUGAUCAUGUUGGGAUUCAAAAGUUGGCCAUCAAAGAUUUCUCAAAAAACCCUGAGCUCAGGGACACUCAGAUUUUCCGUGAUGCCGCUUUUGCCUACAGACAUGUAGGGUUGAUCCAGCAGGAGAAAAAGCAAAAACGGAACCAGACCGAGGGAAUCAUCCUGGGAGCAGAUUUCAAUGGCGUUGAGGGCAGAGUCAUGGCCCCGAGGCCCCGCAUUUUGAUUCUUUGCCUUAUCACCUUGCACCUCGCAAUUCGAGGGACUUGCACCCCCAAGCUUUUGUCCACUGUUUUAGGCUGUUGGGUGCAUGUGCUGAUGUUCAGAAGAGUGAUGUUUGCGUUGGUGAAUUCAUUAUUUAGAGAAGGCCAAGGUUUGCCGCCUGACCAGACCUUUUGUUUGGCACGGCAGUCCCGAUGUGAAUUGCAGCUGUUGGCAACAUUAGGCAGUGGCAAUUGGUCUCAUGUCCAUAGCUCUCGCGGCCUGACUUGCCAUGAUGGUUUUGAUGUGGAUGGGAAGCGCCUCCGCGUUUCUGACCUGGCUGACAUGGCCACCUUCCGUGAACUCGUGGCCCUGGCAUAUCGCCGUGUGAUCAGCUGCUUCGUGAGUGUAGAGCAGCCCAAGAAUUCACGACUUUUUCGACUUCACUGCUUUCAGGAUCCCUUUCUCGAAUCCCACUUUCCAAGCAGUAUGAAGCUCUCAGUGAAGUUGGUUUGGUUGACCUGGGUCCUUCAGGGGUCAGUAGCCUAUGUGUUGGGCAGCGAGUUGUAUCCCGGCCUUUUGCACACAGCUUCAAAGGACAACCGGGCUGAUGAACCGUCUCGCGACCGAGAUGUGCGACCGCCCAGUUUUGCACCUCCGGCCUGGUUGUCCGAUCUUCUGCGUGGUGACCCCAAACGUUUUGACAUGGUAGUACAAUCCAGCUCCAUCAGCAAGAACCCAGCACGGUGGCUGCGAUUCCUUCUGAUGCUUUGUGGUGACAUCGAGCCGAACCCAGGGCCUUUCCGGGGCCAGCUCGAUUUAACUGUUGGCUUUGUUGCUGCGACUUCACAGCGCAUGGCGCGCUGUCUGGAAGGAUUUAAGAUCUGGGUCCGGGACGUAGCGGAGAUUGACAAGAAAUGGCAGAUCCAUGAACCUGGCACUUCGCGUGCCGUACUUCCUGCUCUAGUGGUCAGAGCAGCAGUAUGCUUAGCAGUCUUGUGGGGCUGGCACUCCUGGGCAGGAGCGACCUUCCUUUAUUCCUCGUCUGAAGACAUCGCUUGGGUUGCUUGGCGUGGCCGAUGGUCCAAGAUGCGAACGUUAGAGUACUACCUCCAGGAGGUGGCAGCCUACAUUUUGGUCCACAAUUUGAGUGCCAUUGCUAAGGCUAGAAUCGGAGUGCUUUCAAAGUUCUCCUGGAGCGUGCUUUGGGAGGAGUUGCUCCUUGCGGAAAGUAAAGCAGAAGUGGAGAAGAAGUUUCGAAGAUCCAAGCUUGGAGGAUGA